AUGCGUCACAGCAUAUUCUCCGUAAAGACGAUAUGGACAUGUGAUGAUGAAAGACAAGCUGAAACAAGUCGGCUCUACAACAUGCAAACAUUACGGAAAAGGAAAUGGUUAAGGGAUGUUCUCAUAGAGGAGUCAGAUUCUGAUUCAGAUGGCGAGAUGCCUUUCACACAACUCGAUUUGCACGCUCUUCUCAAGGUACAUCGAAGACGUCGCAAGCUACAGAAGAAUUACCAUAGUGAUAUUCUCAACUCACAGUACACUUAUUAUGGCGCUGGUCUCCUUAGUAGUUAUGAUCCUUUUCCUGAGCAUCAAGCAUUUGUUCAACAUCAAUAUGGAUAUUGA